UGCCAUAGUAGUUCCGCUGUCAUUUCCCUUCGCAGACGGACAAGUAUAAAUACACAGACAUCUCUAAGCUGCUCUUGUGGUAUCGAUCUCAUCUGCCCCGACUAUCAUUGCGAUAAAAAUAGCCUUCAAUCUUUACUUUGCACUUGCCCCUUUUCUCGAACAGAUAUACCGACUUCAUACUACUCACGAUGAAACUGCACUUCGCCAUAUCCUGCCUCGCCAUUGCAACCACAACUCAGGCGGCGUCAUACUGGUGCAAAUGCACAGGAGGCUCUGAUGUGGAUAUCGCCGGAAUAACAUACAGUUGCUGUUCGAACGGUGUCAGCAUCCCCAAUAAAGGUACACUCACGGGCCAGUUCUUCAACAAGCACAAAGACUGUGUGGUCGAUGCGGGAAGCCCGUUGGAUGUGACGUCGAAUUCGUUCGCCAAUUGUUGCAGAGGUGAUCCCAGAGCGAAACUAAAUGGUGCACAAUGUAAUCCAAACUAAUUUCGCAAUAAAGAACAGUUGAUAGCCUGAAUUGAGCCCUUCUCUUGAUUGC